UUUAUUAACUUAAUUGUUAGAUUUAAGACAAUUUUGAGCCAUAUUUCGUAUUAAAGCCCAAUGUGGCCCAAUACAUUUUCGAACAGCAUCGGAGCAAUACAUGUGUUUUCUUGAAUUUCUUUCUUUUCUGGCAUUCGUUAGUGCUAAAAUCUUACACAAUUAUCCAUAAACCCUAAAUCAAUUUUUUUUUUAAAAAAACUUUAGAAGAGGGAAAAAAAAGCUUCCACCUGUUUAGCCAUGGAGGAAUCUUCGCCAACCUUAGGGAAACGGAAAGACCCCGAAGAGGCAGAAGUCACCGACUCCGCAAAGCGCCGAAGCCUCACACGAACCUGCGUUCAUGAAGUUGCUGUUCCGAGUGGCUACUCCUCGGCCAAGGACGAGUCUGUGCAUGGAACCCUAGCCAAUCCUGUCUACAAUGGAGAAAUGGCCAAGACCUACCAAUUUAAACUCGACCCGUUUCAGCAAGUUUCUGUCUCUUGCUUGGAACGUAACGAGUCGGUCUUGGUCUCGGCUCACACUUCUGCUGGUAAGACCGCGGUGGCUGAGUACGCCAUUGCCAUGGCUUUCAGAGAUAAACAGAGAGUUAUCUACACUUCGCCAUUGAAGGCCUUGAGUAAUCAAAAAUACAGAGAGCUCAGCCAAGAGUUUCAAGACGUUGGUUUAAUGACUGGUGACGUCACUCUUUCGCCAAACGCUAGCUGUUUGGUUAUGACAACUGAGAUUCUCAGGGGAAUGCUUUAUAGAGGUUCAGAGGUUCUGAAAGAAGUUGCGUGGGUUAUAUUUGAUGAAAUUCAUUAUAUGAAGGAUCGUGAAAGAGGGGUUGUUUGGGAAGAGAGCAUAAUAUUCUUGCCGCCGGCCAUUAAAAUGGUUUUUCUCUCGGCGACGAUGUCAAAUGCCACCGAGUUCGCUGAAUGGAUCUGUAAUUUGCAUAAACAGCCUUGUCAUGUCGUUUACACAGAUUUUCGACCGACGCCUUUGCAGCAUUAUGUUUUCCCAGUUGGUGGGAGUGGGUUAUAUCUUGUGGUUGAUGAGAAUGAACAAUUCAGAGAAGACAAUUUUGUGAAGCUGCAAGCUACAUUCUCAAAACAAAAAGAUUUUGGUGACUCCAGAGGUCACAGAGGCUCUAAUGGCAAGCCAAGUGGGAGAAUAGCAAAGGGUGGACCUGCUUCUGGGGGUUCUGACAUUUUCAAAAUCGUCAAGAUGAUUAUGGAAAAAAAGUUGCAGCCAGUUAUUAUUUUCAGCUUCAGUAGGAGAGAGUGUGAACAACAUGCCAUGUCAAUGUCCAAGCUUGAUUUCAACACACAAGAGGAAAAAGAUACAGUAGAGCAAGUUUUUCGUAAUGCCAUUCUCUGCUUGAACGAAGAAGACAGAGAAUUACCGGCAAUAGAGUUAAUGUUACCAUUACUUCAACGAGGUAUUGCUGUUCAUCAUUCUGGUCUUCUUCCAGUUAUUAAGGAGUUGGUAGAGAUUCUUUUCCAAGAAGGCCUUGUAAAGGCACUUUUUGCUACAGAGACGUUUGCUAUGGGUUUGAAUAUGCCAGCAAAAACAGUUGUGUUUACUGCAGUUAAGAAGUGGGAUGGUGAUAGCCAUCGUUUCAUUGGGUCAGGUGAGUAUAUUCAGAUGAGUGGACGGGCUGGGCGUCGUGGCAAAGAUGACCGCGGCAUUUGUAUAAUAAUGAUAGAUGAGCAGAUGGAGAUGAAUACGCUAAGGGACAUGGUUUUGGGUAAACCAGCUCCUUUAGUGAGUACCUUCAGAUUGAGCUACUACUCCAUUUUAAAUUUGAUGAGCCGUGCAGAAGGCCAGUUCACCGCUGAGCAUGUGAUAAAGAAUUCAUUCCACCAAUUUCAGUAUGAGAAGGCUUUACCUGAUAUAGGCAAAAGAGUUUCAAAGCUUGAGGAGGAAGUUGCAGUACUUGAUGCAUCAGGAGAGGCUGCUGUUGCUGAAUAUCAUAAGAUUAAACUUGAUAUAGCCCAAAUUGAGAAAAUGAUGAUGUCAGAAAUAAUGAGGCCUGAAAGAAUUCUGUAUUUUCUUCAACCUGGUCGACUGGUCAGAAUUAGGGAAGGUGGAACAGACUGGGGUUGGGGUGUCGUAGUUAACGUUAUUAAGAAGCCCUCAGCAGGAUUAAGUGCACGUGGGGGCGGUUAUAUAGUGGAUACCUUGCUACACUGUUCACCUGGUUCAAGUGAAAAUAGUUCACGACCCAAACCAUGUCCACCUCGUCCAGGAGAGAAGGGUGAAAUGCAUGUGGUUCCAGUUCAGCUACCCUUGAUUUCUGCUCUCAGCAGACUAAGGAUAUCGAUUCCUCCAGAUCUGCGACCAUUGGAAGCAAGGCAAAGCAUUCUGCUCGCAGUACAGGAGCUGGGAACUCGUUUUCCCCAAGGUCUUCCUAAGUUGAAUCCUGUAGCGGACAUGGGUAUUGAAGAUCCUGAGAUUGUCGAGUUGGUCAAACAAAUUGAGGAGCUUGAAAAAAAGCUAUAUUCACACCCGCUUCAUAAGUCUCAAGAUGUAGAUCAAAUUAAAUCAUUUCAGAGGAAAGCAGAGGUGAAUCAUGAAAUUCAACAACUGAAGACGAAAAUGCGUGAUUCUCAGCUUCAAAAAUUUCGAGAUGAGCUUAAGAACCGAUCACGAGUCCUGAAAAAACUUGGUCAUGUUGAUGCCGAUGGUAUUGUUCAGUUAAAGGGGCGGGCAGCCUGCUUGAUCGAUACAGGAGAUGAACUACUUGUUACUGAAUUGAUGUUCAACGGUACAUUUAAUGAUCUCGAUCAUCACCAAAUUGCUGCUCUUGCAAGUUGUUUUAUUCCAGGAGAUAAAUCAAAUGAGCAGAUACAGUUGAGGACAGAACUUGCAGGGCCAUUGCAACAACUCCAAGACAGUGCGAGAAGGAUAGCAGAGAUACAACAUGAAUGCAAAUUAGACGUAAACAUUGAAGAGUACGUGGAAUCAACUGUUAGGCCAUACUUGAUGGAUGUAAUAUAUUGCUGGUCAAAGGGUGCAAAUUUUUCAGAUGUCAUACAGAUGACUGAUAUCUUUGAGGGCAGUAUCAUUCGAAGUGCCAGAAGGCUUGAUGAGUUUUUGAACCAGUUACGGGGGGCAGCUCAAGCUGUGGGAGAAGUUAAUUUAGAGAACAAAUUCGGUGCAGCUAGUGAGAGCCUUCGCCGGGGUAUAAUGUUUGCAAAUUCCCUCUAUCUUUAAAAUCUCUUCCUGGAGGGCGGCAGAAUAAAAUCCUAGUGAUCUUGGUUUUCAAUGACAUCUCAGUAGCGAAUGCUCAUUCUGCUGUGUGAAGUGUUGUUGUAGUUAGGUUGGUCCUUAUUCUUUCUUUUUGCAUCCAAGUUUUGUUUUGUUCAUUUUAUGACACUGAUAAUGCUUCUAUUGCUCUCUGUUCAAUUGUUAGUUUACACUGUAUACAUCCUAGAUUGGAUCACAAGGAUUCCAUUCGAUAUAUAGUUGUAGAAUAGUUUGAUUAUUUUUGCUGGAAAUGUUUGAAGUAAUUUUGUGAUAAACGCAUAAAAGAUAGGAGGAUUCUACCAUUCUCGUGUUC